AUGGGGCGGACGAGCGUGGCGACGGCGGCGGCGGCGGCGCUGCUGGUGCUGGCGGCGUGCGCGGCGCUGCCGGCGAGGACGGCGGCGAACAAGAUCAGCAUCAACUGGAAGCCCAACGUCAACUACACCGACUGGCUGAAGCAGCACAGCCCCUUCUACAAGGACGACUGGCUGGGUAAGCCCCCCACGCCCACGCAUUGGCCUUCCUUCCUCGGCCACCUCUUCUUCUCUUUCUCCGCGCCUCCUCCUCUUGUCAGAUCUGAGCUUCUGACCCCGCGGCGCCUCGGCUCUCCCGCCGCCCGCCGGCACGCAGUGUUCUACUACACGGCGGGGCAGGCGGACGUGGUGCAGGUGGACGAGGUCGGGUACAACAAGUGCGACGCCACCAACGCCGUCUACAACUACAGCAAGGGCCGCAGCUUCGCGUUCCAGCUGAACGAGACCAAGACCUACUACUUCAUCUGCAGCUACGGCUACUGCUUCGGCGGGAUGCGCCUCGCCAUCAAGGCCGAGAAGCUGCCGCCGCCGUCCCCGCCGCCGUCCGCCAGCGACCGCUCCGCCGCCAUCACCGCCGCCUUCGCCAGGUCCCACGCUGCCGUCAUCUACGCCGCCGUCGCCGUGCUCACCGCGCUCCUCAGGAUGGUCUAG